UUUCAAAAGCGGAUGACGUGCGAAGAGAGCCCCGACCGCAACAGCCGGGAGCUGCGGAAUCUUUCCCCACCCUGGCCCAGCAGCCUCAGCUCCGGAGUUGAGCAGUUGUCACAGACCGGCAGAACAGAACUUGCCUCAGGGCCGGCCUACGCGGAGCAGUCCGGAUCAGGUAGGCCAGAACUUGCUUCGCAGCCCCGCCCCUCUCCCGAGCCCGGCCUAUGGGAAGCAGUCCCGGUCAUGUGAGGUAGAGUCGGCCUUCAAAACUCGGGGCCGACCUACGCGGAGCAGUCCCGCUACGUGUGGUAAAUCUUGUCUCGCAGCCCCGCCCUCCCCCUACACUGAGCCUGUCGGGUCAAGUAAAUAGAACCUCUCGAAGCCUCGGGACCCGCCUACCAGGAGCAGUUCCCGUCACGUGGGCCAGAUCUUGCCUCGAAGCCCCGCCCCUAGCCUCGGGGCCGGCCUACGCUGAGCAUUCCAGAGGUUUUGUAGGUCUGGCGGACGACUCCCUCGUCACGUGAGUAGGGCGGGCUUGGACACCGCCUUCGGGGCGGCGCCGUCUGAUGACGUAGGAAGAGGGCAGGUUGGACAUUCAGUUUGCUUAGAAAUCGACAUUUUCCAAGAUGGGUGAAAGAAAAGGUGUAAACAAGUAUUACCCUCCAGACUUUGAUCCAACAAAGCAUGGCUCUCUCAAUCGAUACCACCACAGCCACCCACUUCGGGAGAGGGCACGGAAACUUUCUCAGGGCAUUCUUGUCAUCAGAUUUGAGAUGCCCUAUAACAUCUGGUGUGAUGGCUGUAAGAACCACAUUGGCAUGGGUGUUCGUUACAAUGCUGAAAAGAAGAAGGUUGGCAAUUAUUACACAACCCCCAUCUACAGGUUCAGAAUGAAAUGUCACCUCUGUGUCAACUACAUCGAGAUGCAGACAGAUCCUGCCAAUUGUGACUAUGUGAUUGUGAGUGGUGCCCAGAGGAAGGAGGAGCGAUGGGACAUGGCAGACAACGAACAGAUCCUGACCACAGAGCAGGAGAAGAAACAGAAGCUGGAGACUGACGCCAUGUUCCGCCUGGAGCAUGGCACCACAGACCAGAGCAAGUUGCAGAAGGCCAUUCCCAGCCUGUCCAACAUCCAGGAAGCCCAGAGCGCCUGGAAGGAUGACUUUGCCCUUAACAGCAUGCUAAGGAGAAAGUUUAGGGAAAAAAAAAAGGCCAUAAAGGAAGAGGAGGAAAAAACACUGGCUCUACAGACCAAGGCGAACCUCAGUAUCCCCCUGGUGCCUGAAACAGAGGAGGACCGGAAGCUUGCUGCUCUGCUCAAGUACCACAGCCUGGACUCAUAUGAAGACAAACAGAAAUUGAAACGGACAGAAAUCUUCGGCCGCUCCUGGUUCCCUUCUACCCCAGUACAUGGGGCCAGCAACAGCAAGGUGAACAGUGUUCUCAAGAAACUGGCAGUUAGCCGAAAACCCAUGCCCAGCGCAUCCUCCAUCACUAGCAGUGACUUAGGAAUUGUACGUCGGAAGUCCAGGGAUGGCCUUGAGGGCCCUCAGGAAUCAGGCGAAGCUCCAGAGCCAAGUGCAAUGAAGGAGGUGGAUGAAAACAUCCCAGGAGGAUCUUCAUCGGAGACACACUAUCCCCCAGAUGUGGAAACACAGGGGGGUCCCAGCAGCACCUCCAUCCUCAGUUCUUCUCUAGUUGCAGACUAUUCAGACUCUGAGAGUGACUAAUAAUGACUAAUAUUAUCAUUCCCUCCAUCAUCCUAAGCUACCUUCCCCACCAAGAAAUCCUCACUCCCCCAGGGAGGCUUCCACUUGCAAAGAGACCGUAUAUGGAUGGGCUUCUUCCCACCAAGCUUUCCUAGAAUGAGAAACUUCUUUUUCCCUCAAGACUUCAAUUUUUUGUAAAUAAUUGGGUUUUUAUUUAUUUAAUUGAGGAGGGAGUCUGUGUGGUGUCUGACUUGAAUCUCCAACAUGAAUUUAU